AUGUUUACGAAUAGUGAUAAGUAUAAUGAUUUACCAUCAGAUGAAGAGGAAAUAACACUUAUAAAACAUGUGAAAACCAAUACUUCAAACCUAAAUGUUAAAGUUUUAGGUGUUGUCGUAAAAACUAUUUCCUCAAUUGUUAAACAAGUUGGAAUUUCACUGAUUAACUUCUCUGAAAAUGCCAUUAAAGUUUCAGAAAUUUCCGAUAAUGAAUAUUUCACUAAUCUGGAAUCUUUAAUUUUACAAAUUAAUCCAUCAAACUGUGUACUUGCAAUUCCUAAAGAUUCUCUUGAUUAUAAAAGAAUCAAUCAUGUUAUUUCUGUGUGUAAUCUUAAAACCACCUUCAAAUUCAUUACUAAUAAAGAAAUUGAUACUCUUGAUGGUAUUUAA